CCCUCUGUUUAUACUUGACGUAGACGCUAAGCGACAGGAUUGUUGCCCAUAUCGCUCCUAAAACCGAAAAUACGUUUACUUUAGAAAAGGUAUUUUCUUACCUAGCCACACACAUUUCCGAGUUGUUACUCAUACUGUUCAUUACUUGUAUACUUGUUACACACAAAUGAACGGAAACGUAAGCUGUUUUGUUUGUUUGUUUUCAAAUUUCGCGCUGUUUGGUGAGCUCGUGAAGAGAUUAGCGGAUUGACAUUUUUGCUUGCCAUGUUGCUCCAAUUGGGGCUUCAAUUCCGACAUAUGAAAUAAAACGUGAUUAAAAUGGAGGUGACCGAUAUCGGAAACAAAGAAGAAGGGAAGCUCUGGUGUCGAAAACCAGCACCUGGGAAAGGUAUACUGUUGACAGUGGGCCGUACUGCUCAUCAGACUAAGAUUCGUUUCCUCCAUGCAACCUUUGACACCACAGGAGAUUCCUUCCUGGCUGGCGAUCACCAUGGCAACAUCUAUGCCUUUGACAUAAGUAGAAACAGAUUUCGUCUUGUGCAGAGGACGGGACAGGCCUGCACUGCUUUAGCUUUCUCUCUCGGCAGGACCACAGAGUUCCUGGUGGCUCUUGUUGACAACACGGUCAAAUGUUUCGACAAAGACACAAAGCAGCUGGUCAGUUGUAUGCGGGGCCACGAGGGGGCCGUUUCAUCCAUCUCCAUGCACAGCUCCGGCCGCUACGCUGUCACCACGUCCGCAGACACCGCUCAGCUCUGGGAUCUGGACACCUUCCAGAGGGAGAGAAAGCUCAACGUCCAACAGUCAGUGGGCAUACAGAAGGUGUUCUUCCUCCCCCACAGCAACACCAUCCUCAGCUGUUUCAAUGACGACUCCAUCUUUGCUUGGGAGAGUGACACACUCGUGUGUAAAUACCAACUUCCUGUGCCCGACUAUGGACCCCGGAUCUUUUACAAGACUUUUGCUGUGACACGAGAUGGUAAAAUCCUGGCAGCAGGGGGGCGCUCAAACCUGCUGCACCUAUGGUGUCUGGAUCCCAAGGAGCUGGUCAAUGUGAUCCAGAUGCCAGCGCAGGUUCGAACUGUCAGACAGUUGGAAUUCCUUCCUGACAGCUUCGAUGAAGGAGCCAGUCAGACAUUGGGUGUGUUGGGCCAAGACGGCAUUAUGCGCUUCAUUAACAUUCACACCUCCAAGCUGCUUUUUCACAUCGGUUCCCAUAGCGACGCCAUCACCAGUGUGACCGUCAGCCCCACUGGUCGCCAUGUGGUGGCCAUCUUGGACAAUGGCAGCAUCAGCGUCUACAGCAUUCAGAGUCUCACGCAGGACUUAAACAAGCUUCCUCUCCCACAGUUGGUCGUCACCUCAGGGGGCGCGGCGAACCAGGAACAGUCAAACCUAAAGGCCAAGGUCCAAUCAGAGACAGCACAAAGACAAACCAAAAACAAGGCACGGCCCAAACGAGUACAGAUCUUAGCCCCCUCUGGUGGGUCGACCGUUGAGGAUAAAGAGAACCAACUCCCUGGUGGUCUGAACAAGAAGCGGCUGGUGGCUCUGCUUAAAACAUUUGGAGAAUAUCCUGCAAAAUACAGGAUGUUUGUGUGGCGAUCCUUGUUAUACUUGCCUGAGAACUACGCAGCAUACAGCAGCCUGACCGAUAAAGGCCCGCACUCAGCCUACCUCGCCCUCCAUGAGAAGUAUCCCAUCAAAAGCCAGAAGCUCCAGAGGGGGCUGCAAAGGGUUUUGUCUGCAUCGGCUCACUGGGCCGCCAUCUUUGGAGAGGUGGAGUACCUUCCACUGAUAACCUUCCCGUUUGUGAAGCUCUUCCAGAACAAUCCUAUGGUCUGCUUUGAGGUGGUGGCCACAGUCUUAGUGAACUGGUGCCAAAACUGGUUCGAUUUCUUCCCCAACCCUCCUCUGAACAUCCUGAGCAUGGCGGAGAACAUCCUGGCUCACCAUGACAAGGAGCUGCUGCAGCACCUGGUGGAUUGUGGCAUCACCUCACAGCUCUACUUGUGGCCCCUCUUGGAGACGUUAUUCUCCGAGGUUCUGACUCGCGACGAGUGGCUCAGACUCUUUGACAACGUCUUUUCCAACCAUCCGUCCUUCCUGCUGAUGGCGUGCGUGGCCUACCUGACGUGCUGCCGGGAGCCGCUCUUGCUGUGCUGCCAGACGCAGGACUUUGAGUAUUUCUUUCACCAUCGGAACAACUUGAACAUGGAAGACAUGAUUAAGGAAGCUUAUUGGUUGAUGAGCAACACGCCGGAUGACAUUCAUCCCAGGAUGAUGCUCUCCGACUUCACGCCUCUGACCAAAGGCCAGUACCCCUUGUUCAACAAAUACCCAGAGUUCAUAGUGGAGUAUAACAAACGUGAGAAGGAGAAGAUUCGCCAGGAGGAGAUGGAGUACCUCCAGGAGAGGCAAGCGGUGUCAACGCUGCACGCAGAUUUAAUGGAACGCCAAGCGGAAGACGACGCCUACUUUGCACAACAGGAGCUCCUGCAGAAGGCUGAAGAGCAGCGCAGAAACAUCCUGACUCAAGAGGAGGCCAGGCUAACUCAGCAGAGGAAGAAGCUGGCAGCCAUGAAGAGAGAGCUAAAGAUGAAGGAGUUGCAGCUGCUGGAUGCAAAUAAAAAACGGCUCCACAAACACCAGCAGGACCAGCACGUCUCACAGAUACAAACGCUGGACCAGGAGAUCAGGAGAAAGAUGGAGCUGCGUGAGCAGGAAACGGCAGCGGCACUCCAGGAUCUGGAAAUGCAGCAGAUGGAGCUGGAGAUACAACGCAGGCAGCUCCAGCAGCAACUGUGCAAGGAGCAGCUCCACGUAGAACGUCAGGUCGUCGAAAAGGAGCAGCUGUUGAUGAAGUGUGAUAAAAAGGAGGAGCAGCUGCAGGGUGCGGACGCAAAGAAGAAGGCUGAGGCGAGCCAGCCGGGCUCCGACUCCAACUGGCAGCGAGACGCCACCAAGGCCCCGCUGCCGCUGCCGCCGCACGUCGACUGGCUGGAGAGGAGGAGAGAGAGGUUGGCCGCGUUCGACAGGAGAACCCUGGCGGAAGGCGACCGUCUCACCGACACCUGGAGAGACACGGCCGGAAGGGAGUGGGAUGAAGUCGUGAAUGACCGAGCGCGAAUAAUGGAGUGGCGGCAGUCCCGGCCUGCAACAGACACAAUUGGAGGACUUACUCACAGUCCCAAACCAGCCAGCGGCGGCGCCACGCCCAAACAAGCCGGACGCAACAUGGUGUGCCUGAACGCCAGGUCCCCUGCGGCAAGCACCUCCACCAACUUCUCGCUGGACCGAGGACGCGCACAUUUGGACAGCAAAGAGAGACAACUGAUAAAGGAUAUCAGAGAUCUGAGACAGAGGCUGCUGACCAGAACCAAGGAGGGCAGCGUUGGCUCGUACCAGUCAACCCUAACGCCACGCGCCACCACCCGGUGACCAGAAGCUCCUCCUCCUACGUGUCCAUGUUUAUUACUCUUUUACAGAAUGAAUGUCUUGCGUUGGUUGAAUACCUUCACUUGUGAAUAUUUUAUCUUGGGAUUCUAUUGACUUCUUUUCUAAGCUGUUUAACAUGAAUGUUUUUAUUAAAUUACUCCACUC